AUGGGGCCCCGAACCCUCGUCCUGCUGCUGUCGGGGGCCCUGGCCGAGACCGAGACCUGGGCGGGCUCCCACUCCCUGAAGUAUUUCCACACCGCCGUGUCCCGGCCUGGCCGCAGGGAGCCCCGCUUCGUGGUCGUCGGCUACGUGGACGGCACGCCGUUCGUGCGGUUCGACAGCGACGCGGCGAGUCGGAGGAUGGAGCCGCGGGCGCCGUGGGUGGAGCGGGAGGGGCCGGAGUAUUGGGACCGGGAGACGCGAAACGCCAAGGGCCACGCCCAGCUUUCGCGACGGAACCUAUGGAUCGCUGUCGGCUACUGCAGUCAGAGCGAGGCGGGGUCUCACACCCUCCAGGGGAUGUUUGGCUGCGACUUGGGGCCGGCCGGUGUGGCCGAGCACGACAGCAACUACGCUCAGAGCGAGUGCGUGAAGUCGCUCCGCAGGCACCUGGAGAAGGGGAACCAGACGCUGCAGUGCGCAGAACCGCCCAAAACACAUGUGAGCCAUCACCCCAUCUCUGACCAUGAUGUCACCCUGAAGUGCUGGGCCCUGGGCUUCUACCCUGCAGAGAUCACCCUGACCUGGCAGCAGGACAGGGAGGACCUGACCCAGGACACAGAGCUUGUGGAGACCAGGCCUGCAGGGGAUGGGACCUUCCAGAAGUGGACGGCUGUGGUGGUGCCUUCUGGACAGGAGCAGAGAUACACGUGCCAUGUGCAGCAUGAGGGGCUGCCCGAGCCCAUCACGUUAACAUGGGAGCCACCUACUUAG